AUGCAGUCGUCGCUAUUGUGUCGCCAAGCAAAGUUAUUCACUCUGCUCACUAAACGAUGUUCGAGUUCUGGAUUGAUGGUGCAUCGUGAUACGCCCGAAAAUAAUCCAAAAUCUCGCUUCGAAUUCACAUCUGAAAAUUUGAAAAGAAUAAAACAAAUUGUAGCGAAUUAUCCGGAGGGACAUAAGUCUGCAGCCCUAUUACCAGUGUUAGAUUUAGCGCAGAGACAACAUGGUUGGCUACCGAUAUCGGCGAUGCAUGAAGUGGCGCGUGUUCUCGAAAUUCCGCGAAUGCGUGUCUACGAAGUGGCCACUUUCUACACAAUGUUCAAUCGUCAGCCUGUUGGGAAGUACUUCAUUCAAGUUUGUGCCACAACUCCGUGCAUGCUUCGUGGUGCUGAGUCGAUCACUGAGGCCAUUCAAAAAAAACUUGGAAUAAAAGUUGGUGAAACAACAAAAGACGGCCUUUUUACGUUGGCUGAAGUGGAAUGCCUUGGUGCUUGCGUUAAUGCGCCGAUGUUUCAGUUGAACGAUGAUUUUUAUGAAGAUCUUACGCCAAAAGAUGUGGACGACAUUAUCGAUGAAUUGAAGGCUGGCAAACGACCAAUGCCAGGGCCAAGGAGUGGACGUCAGGCAGCUGAACCACUUGGCGGAUUGACAUCGCUGAAAAGUCCUCCAACAGGCCCUGGUUUCGGUAUUCAGCCAGGACUGUGA